UUGGCUAGGCAAAGCCAACUAGUGUAACCUAUUCUGAUUUUUUCUCCCCGCAACUUUUUUCAUUCUAUAAAAGGCCUUAUUCAGCAGAGUAACAAGCCACGUACCAUAAUCGCCUUCUCCUCUCUUCUCUGUUCUUCUCCACACCCCUCGCUCCCUUUCCAAUUUCCCUAUACACAAAGUUUGUAUUAAGGUAUCUAAAGAUAGAUACGAUGAGGAACCAAAAUGUGGUGAGUCAUGAGGUUAUUAACACGUUGAUUGCUGUGGCAGCGUCCAUUUCAAACUCACCCGUCUUACCAAGUGGAACAGUGCCAGAAUCGCUGGCUGUGCUUGGUGGCUUUUGGGGCAUGCCCCGUAAAAAUCUUGUCAAAAGGUUGGAAGGUGCUAAAGUUAGCGCUUGGAUUGAUUCAAUGAGAGCUUCUUCCCCUACUCGUGUUAAAUCAGAAACCCAAGAAAAAAAAUCUUGGAUUCUUUAUCAUCCUUCAGCUCUCAACACCUUUGAACAAAUAUUGCAUAGCUCCAAAGGAAAGCAGAUUGUAGUUUUUCUUGACUACGAUGGAACUCUCUCCCCUAUUGUUGCAGAUCCAGAUAAAGCUUUCAUGACUAGAAAGAUGAGAGCGACGCUUAAGGGCAUAGCAAGACAUUUCCCCACAGCAAUCGUGACCGGAAGGUGCAGGGACAAGGUAUAUGACUUUGUAAAAUUGGCAGAACUGUACUACGCUGGAAGCCAUGGCAUGGACAUCAAAGGGCCAACAAAAAUCCAAAGUCCAAAGCAAGAUAAUAAUAAAACAGUUUCGUUCCAACCAGCGAGUCAAUUCCUGCCCAUGAUCGAUGAGGUGUACAAGAUCUUGUUGGAAAAAACAAAGUGUGUCCCAGGGUCUAAGGUUGAGAACAACAAGUUUUGCUUAUCCGUGCACUUCCGUUGUGUUGACGAAAAGAGUUGGGCAGCGUUGGCGGAGAAAGUUAGAUUGGUGCUGAAUGAGUACCCACAACUUAAGCUAACCCAAGGAAGAAAAGUGCUAGAGAUUCGUCCAACCAUCAAAUGGGACAAGGGCAAGGCUCUUGAAUUUUUGUUAGAAUCCUUAGGAUACGAUAAUUCGAAUGAUGUGUUUCCAAUCUAUAUUGGUGAUGAUCGAACUGAUGAGGAUGCUUUUAAGGUUUUGCGCAGUAGGGGUCAAGGAAUUGGGAUUCUUGUUUCUAGAGUUCCAAAAGAAACCGAUGCGUCCUAUACCUUGCAAGAUCCAUCAGAGGUUGAGCAAUUCUUGCGGCGUUUGGUGGAGUGGAAAAGAUCGAGUACUGUGAGUGUGACUCCCACAAGUGAAUAGAGUUGUAGAUUGUAGAUGAUCAGUUGAAAGAAUUGACACCACCUUAGAAUGGUGAAGGGGUGGAUCGAAUUGUAUCACACUUUCUUGUUGGAAAUGGAAAAUAGCAUUAUUCCAUAAUUUAAUUUAAAUUUUGAAGGACAAAGUCGGAACAGAUACAUUCCUACACACGUUUGCAUGCGCAUGCGGAUAGUGAAAGGCAGAUGUUUUAUGCCGCAGUUGCAAAUGGCAAAUGGCCCGUCAACUGUGUUGCUCUGAAUUGUACUUAUCGUACAUGUGCCCAAUAUAUACUGAAAAAGAUAAUUACAUUCUCCAUUUUCAAAACCCGAUUUAAUUAGACAUUCACAAAUACAAAAUCACUUAGUUUAGGAAAAUAUUAAUGUGCUAAUAUAACUAAUCCUUGCAUAGAAAUAAGUUUAUCGUAACUUUACAAACAUUUCAUAUCAAUAAUAUAUCGUGUAUUUGUUU